AUGAAGUCAUUAUCGUAUUUUGAGAGACUCUGGUAUUAUAUGGACCAAUACUGGGAAGACAUUGGCGAUCCCCGAGUCAAUCACUGGCCACUUAUCAGGGGUGGCAUAUGGCGUAUACUGGCAUUGAUGUGCGCUUAUGUAUUCAUUACACGUGUAUAUUUGCCAUAUUUUAUGCAAAAUCGGAAAGAAUUCAAAUUGAAAAAACUGAUGCUUUUCUACAAUAUAGUCAUGAUUUGUGCCAAUGUUUAUGCAUUUUACUGGUCAGUCAUAUCAGUGGACAGGGGUCGCAUAUUUUUGGACUUUAGCUAUCCAUCGCGUAAAGAUAUGUCAGAUAAUACACUAUGGUUUUUGUAUUUAGGCUGGUAUUUUAUGCUGUCCCGACUGCUUGAUCUAUUCGAUACGGUAUUCAUAGUAUUGCGCAAAAAGGACAGUCAGAUAACGUCACUCCAUCUCUAUCAUCAUACAGUAGUUCCCUUACUAUGUUGGGUAUCAUUCAAAUACAAUGCAAUGAUACCCAUCAUCCGUAUGUUUGUAUUGCUCAAUUCGGCCAUCCAUACACUAAUGUACAGUUACUAUGCACUGGCAGCUUUCGGACCGGCUGUCCGACCCUAUCUCUGGUGGAAACGUUAUCUAACAUUGUUUCAGAUCAUGCAGUUUGUCAUAUGCGGCUCCUAUGGCUGUCUACUAUAUUACAAGCAAACCGAUUAUCCGAUGGAUUGGUUUUAUUUUGUUGUCGGACAAAAUCCAUUGUUUUUCCUAAUUUGUUUUUAA